UUUGGGAGCCGAAGUUUUGCACGUGAAGAUUUGGAUCAUGCUGAUCUAUGGGCUCAGUUGUCGGAAAGUGAAAAGAAAAUUAUGCGUGAAAUGAGCGAAGACAAGUCAAUUGCUGAAAACCUUAUCAACAGUUUAUUCCCAGACGUCUACGGAAACGAUGAGGUAAAGCUUGGGGUUCUUCUCAUGCUUUUUGGCGGAGUUCAAAAGCGAAGCACUGCCGAUGGGACCACACUGCGAGGUGAUAUCAACGUUUGCCUGAUCGGUGAUCCAAGUACAGCCAAAAGUCAAAUUCUAAAGACGGUGGAGCAUUUUUCGCCGAGAGCGGUUUAUACUUCUGGCAAAGCUUCCUCAGCGGCCGGUUUGACAGCAGCGGUUGUGAAGGAUGAAGAGUCAUUUGAGUUUGUUAUUGAAGCAGGCGCCCUGAUGCUCGCAGACAAUGGUGUUUGUUGCAUCGAUGAAUUUGAUAAGAUGGAUUUGAGGGAUCAGGUUGCGAUCCAUGAGGCAAUGGAGCAACAGACUAUUUCAAUCACAAAAGCUGGAGUUAAAGCGACGCUGAAUGCCCGUGCUUCAAUCUUGGCAGCAGCAAACCCGGUUGGUGGUCGUUAUGAUCGCUCACGGCCCUUAAAAAAUAAUAUUCAGCUGUCUGCGCCAAUCAUGUCCAGAUUUGAUCUCUUCUUCGUCCUAGUCGACGAAUGUAACGAGGUAAGCUUUUACUUUUGCCUAGAUUUGAAGAUUAGCGAUGCAGCUGGUAUGCUUCUUGUCAGUGAAUAUAAACGACUGCGUAUGAGCGACAGUAAUAAUUCGGCUACUUCAUCCUGGCGAAUAACGGUGCGGCAGCUGGAAUCGUUGAUACGUCUUUCUGAGGCACUUGCUCGACUUCAUUGUGAGAGUGAAGUGAGUUAA